AUGGCUCCAAAGAAGGCCAACGGCGAAGCUAAAGCACCACGAGCGCGGCGAGGCUCCAGCAUUUCGCAGACAAUGGCUGAUACCUUUGAGAAGGUUGACGAGUCGCUUCAGAAGACCGAGAACGUGUUCCUCUUCCUACCGAACUUGAUCGGAUAUGUCAGAAUCGCCCUAGCCUUUGCUUCCCUUCAGUACAUGCCGAUACAUCCGCGAACCUGCGCGUUACUCUACUCGAUAUCUUGCCUCCUGGAUGCGGCAGAUGGAUGGGCAGCGAGAAAAUAUGACCAGAGCUCGAGCUUUGGAGCCGUGCUGGACAUGGUCACAGAUCGGUGUUGCACAGUUUGUCUUCAAGUCUUCCUUGCGCAGGGCUUCCCUCGAUACAGCAUGCUGUUCCAGCUCCUGAUCAGUCUCGAUCUUUCCAGCCACUACAUUCAUAUGUACUCGUCUCUCGCGUCCGGUAGCUCGAGCCACAAAAAGGUCGACGUCUCACAGGGUUGGCUUCUCCACACCUACUACACGAACCGAACCGUUCUCUUCCUUGUAUGCGGCUUGAACGAGCUCUUCUUCAUCGCGCUCUAUCUCCUCUCCUUCUCCUCGCCCUACCUCUCACCCUCUCUGUUCGCACCUACAGGCGAAGCGGCUUCCGCGCAGCCGGGAUCCCCGAAGGUACCCUCCAGCAUCCUGCCCAAUCCUUGGAGCGCCGCAGCAAUGGAGCUCGCGCGAGCAAACAAGAUGGAUAGCACGUUCCCUUGGGUCCUUGCGGUGAUUUCCGCGCCCGUGAUGCUCCUGAAGCAAUAUCUGAACGUGGCGCAGAUGAUUAACGCCAGCAAAACACUCGCCAGAGGUGACAUCGCUACGAGGCGGAAGGCAAGACUUGAGAGGGCUAGGAAGACGACAUAA